CAGACACUGAUGCGGCGGUGCGUCACAUAUCAUGAAGGAUGAAAUGUGACUUUCACCGUCAGCGAAAUAUCAAUGGGAGAACAGCACAUGCGCUAUUUCACUUUCGCUAUGUUGGUCAUGCUGCUCGUCGCUGUUUACAUUCUACUGUUCGUCUACUUCACUCUGAGCCCCGGGUCCUCGCCUCGCCCUGGCAGUCUGCUCAAGGGAGAUCCCCAGGUGGCCGACCGUCUGCUCAAGGGAGAUCCCCAGGUGGCCGACCGUCUGCUCAAGGGAGAUCCCCAGGUGGCCGACCGUCUGCUCAAGGGAGAUCCUCAGGUGGCCGACCGUCUGCUCAAGGGAGAUUCCCAGGUGGCCGACCGUCUGCUCAAGGGAGAUCCCCAGGUGGCCGACCGUCUGCUCAAGGGAGAUCCCCAGGUGGCCUGUGAGUUGUGAUAAUGAAGUGAGUUGUGAGUGCCAUAUUGUGAUGCCGUUAUAUACGGGUUAUGAUGACAAUAUUAUCGUAAGUAUAUUGUGAUAAUUGCCAGAGACCCAGCGGCAUUCUGGGAGCCUACGCGGUUGCAGCAGGAAAGCGAAACUGUAGUCUCAUUUUCAAUAAAUCUAGUUUUUGCA